AUGAUAAACAGUUCAAAAGGUGAAAACAAUUGGUCUUCGAAGAAAUAUCCGAAUGACUUACGGAAUACACCUCCACCCACUAAAGGAUCAAGUAUGGGAUACAAAAAAUAUACUGGCCUUCCUAAUUUAAAUGAAAGAGCAGACGAUACAAUGCUUUCGAAUUUAGCUCACUUAACAUUGACUACAUUUUGUCCAGCAGAAGCAGUCAAUAUUAUGGCAUUCGAGGAACCACUUAGAAACAACUAUGGUGACAAAGAAAACUCAAUUCACCAAAAUUACAAGAUUGAAUCCACAAAGUUAAUUGAAUUCCCAUUAAUGGCAGCUGAAAUAGAUGAUGCACUAUCCUGGAGUGAAUCGAAUGAUACAUUUCAAUUACAGCCAGAAAAAAACGAUUUCACAAUGGAGGAAAGCUCUAACAAACGAAACAACUUAAGCUUUGCGAAAUUAUCGAAAUCAACAAACAAACGUUCUAAAGUGACCUCCUCCUCUGUUGCAGGGAAUGUUUAUCACACUCAACGCCAAACACAGAAUUUAUAUGAUCAUGUUAGUGAUAGUGACUUUUUUUCAGCAAAAUCGAAGAGUGAUCUAAUUAUUCCAUCCAAUAAACGAAGCGCAUCAGAAUCUAGGAACCAAAUAUUGCAUAAUGAGACUAUGCCAAAUUCAAAACUUUUUCACAAUUACAGAUUCCAUUAUAUAAAUCAGAACAACUUGAACGGUAGGACGCACUCUAAAAAUUCGUCUAAUGCAAUUCAAAAUGAUUUUAAUAUGUCCACUGAACUGCUAAGGACACCAGAAUUAGAAACCCCAGAUCAUAUUGAAACAAUAGAAGUGGAUUCAAUAAAUGGCUUGAGCACAGACUCAUUAUUAUCUUUAGCAGAAGAAUCUCAAGGCCAUGCUGAAGAGAGUAAGUCAAUAGCACACGAUGUACAAAAAACCAGAGUUACGCUUAGAUGGAUAGAUUCAAAAUUCAAGCCAAAUAAUUAUCAAUCAGUAUCGAUUAUUAGUGAAGACAUCAUUGAUGUCAUUAAUUUUUAUCGAAGCAAUAAUGAUAAAAUUAAAAGAUUACCAUUGAAAUAUGAUUCACUAACUCAUGAGUGGAAAAUAAGUGACUUGUUUCUACCCGCUGGAUAUUACGAAUUCUCAUUCUUAAUAAAUGAAACUGAUGUCCAUCAUUCUUUACAUAUUUGCACUAAGAUGGAUAGAUUUGGAAAGAGGGUUAAUUAUUUUGAAGUUCCAAAAUAUGUCAGAACGUUUGAACCUUUACAGUUAUCAUCUGCAUUAUACACUGUGACACAAGCUGAUGACCGUAGACAUAUCGAAUGUAGUAAAACUUCAUCAGAAUUUUUGAAUUUACUAGACAAUUACGAUAUUAGGACAAGAUACAAUGCAAACUUCUACUCCCAUAAUGAAUCAGGAACUGGUAACAACUUUAACAAUAAUAAAUACACAAAUCAGAUUCCAGAACUUUUUAAAUUCUCUGAAAAAAACAUUAGAGAACUAUCAACUGAAACUGAAAUAACAUUUUUAGAGCCACCCUCUUAUGGGGAGCCUAGUUUUUACAACAAUAUUGUCGACUGUAGUCAAGAAAAAUUAUUUCUAUCAUUACAACAAAAUGGCGCAGUUGACUCUUACGUUGCAGAGCAAGUUAUAUUACAACGAUAUCCCGUUUCUGAACUGCCCAUUUUUUUCGAAAACAUUUCGAUGGAAAAACUAGCAUCGCACAACAAUAACUUAAAUAAAUCUCACACAAAUAAGCAUUGGUUGGAAGGUUUGACUCCAAAUGAAUCCGACAAUAUAACGCCUAAAGAACCUCCACAUGUAAUUUUAAACCAUCUAGUUACUCAAAAAAUAUCUAGAAAUGUUGUUAGUGUCGCUGUCACUACACGAUAUAAACAAAAAUAUAUUACCCAGAUCUUAUAUUCGCCAAUAAAACCAGACUAG